UUACGUCUCCCCGAAUGGCUCAAACGCGGCAUCCCAUGUGGUGGAAAUUAUACUAAACUUGCCCAGGACCUUCGCGGUCUGAAACUGCAUUCUGUUUGUGAAGAAGCCCGUUGUCCGAACAUUGGGGAAUGUUGGACAGGCGGGAAAGACGCUGUCCCCACGGCGACCAUUAUGUGGAAUGUGAGCUACAUCGUUCUCACAUCUGUGGACAGGGACGACUUGACCGACGGAGGAGCUGCACACUUUGCCGAAACAGUUAGGCAAAUCAAGGCCGCGACGCCGUCCAUGCUCGUAGAGUGUCUGCUCCCGGAUUUUCGUGGCAACAUCACGUCAAUUAAUACAAUGGUCGACUCGGGAUUAGAUGUUUAUGCCCACAACGUAGAAACCGUAGAGGCUCUGCAGAACAUCAUGCUGGGUCUGGGGGAGACAGAUGAGGAAGUGAUGCAGACCCUAAAGGAUCUUCGGUCGGUGGGCGUGGAUUGCGUGACUCUGGGCCAAUACAUCCAGCCUACGCGACGGCACCUCAAGGUGCGGGAGUACGUGCAUCCAGACAAGUUCGCAUAUUGGGAGGAAGUUGGGAAAAGUUUGGGAUUCCUUUACACAGCCAGUGGACCUUUGGUUCGUUCGUCUUAUCGCGCGGGCGAGUUCUACAUAAAGCACAUAAUCGACACAAAGCGCCGAAUGAAGACUACUUAA